CUCUCGAUGUCGUCGCCGCCUCCGCCUUUGCCUACUACUCAGUCACCCACCAAUCAUAUGUUUAAUGAAAUGCAGUAUUCCACGAUAAAUGGCGGAGAGUUCUACAACGUGGGCCGUGACCUCGUUCGAAAUUUUCAUACUACGGCUGCCAACCGUGAGUCGAAAUAAUAAAGAAGUAUCCAAUCGGGACUGAGGUCUUUACAGCACAUAAAACUCUAUGGGAAGCAAUCGCUGGCGUUGGAGCUUCCCACAAUUCUGCCUUGCAGUUUGACCGUGGCAGCUGUCUCCCUGGGACCCGAAAAGCAGUGUUACGAGACAUCCAUGAAUGGAGUGCGUCCAAAAGUGAUUCCAACCCCAUAUGCUGGCUUUCAGGAACUGCAGGUGUAGGAAAGUCGGCCAUUGCACUGACAGUUGCUAAAUCAUGCGCCGAAAACAAUCGACUCGCCGCCUCUUUUUUCUUCUUCAGGUCCGACCCCAAGCGCAACAACCCAUCCUCCCUCAUGUUGACAAUUGCGCACGGUCUCGUUACCACGAUACCGUCACUGCACCCUAUCAUUCAUGGCAAGAUCGCCACUGAUCCCAGGAUCUUGGAAGCCACUUUGGAAGAUCAAUUCAGAGAGCUCAUUGUCUCUCCGUUAUUGAAUGUCUCCCCAUCAUCGAAAAGGAGAUGGUGGAUACCGAGAUGGGGACAGAGAUGGGGAUGGAGUCUGAGAUGGCGGAGACAGGUGCCAGAGCAACCAUUGCCUCAGCUGGUGCCCCAGGCAGUGCAACCAUCAUUGCCUCAGUCAGUUCAGAAACAUCCCAAUCUCGUCAUUAUUGACGGCCUGGAUGAGUGCAAGGAUAGCGACACCCAGUUGCGACUUAUCUCCAUACUAACAUCUGCCUAUCAACAUUCCCCCCAUUUCCCGCUGCGACUUCUGAUCUGUAGCCGUCCUGAAUCAUGGAUUCGAGAGGCCUUUGAUCUUCCAAACCUUUGUAUCCUCACUAAACACAUAAAGUUGGAUGAUUCUUAUGUGCCAAAUCAAGAUAUCGAACGGUACUUUCGCAGUGAGUUCACCAGCAUUCACACAAACAUUAAAUACAAACGGGUCGAAUUUCCGAACCCAUGGCCUUCCAAAGCUGACAUAGAGUGUUUGGUUGACAAUGCUUCAGCCCAAUUCAUUUAUGCGAUCACUGCGAUGAAAGUUGUGAAAGCGGAAUAUUCAUCCCCUAUCAAACAACUUCGCAUAGUUCUCGAUAGUCGAUCUAACCGAAUCUCUCCAAAAUCUCCAUUCCCUGAGCUCGACAACCUCUAUCAUAUAAUACUUUCCACCCAUCCCGAACGAGACACACUUCUCUGUAUCCUCAGUGCAAUUCUUCUACUGCCAGAGAGAUGUAGGAAUCCGAAGUUUAUCGAAAUAUUGCUUGGAUUCUCCCCUGGAGAAGUAGACCUGUCAUUGCGAGGAAUGCACUCAGUACUCAACAUCCGCGACCCAGAUGAUGAUAUUCGGGUUUACCACACUUCCUUCACCGAUUACCUCUGCACCAAGUCUCGAUCUGCCGAGUUCUACAUUGACGAGCCUCGGCAACGUGACUUCCUUGCUUGUCGAUGGCUCAUGGCUCUUGGUGAACACUGCAAGGCUCAGGCAACGAUUUUUAUUGUCAGAACUUUCUUGGGAGAAUGGGGCAACUUUUGCUCCUCCGUUCAACAGCCUAGCGUGCAAUUGCUACAUGAACUUGGAUCUCUUGAUCUGCUCAGCCUCGUCGUUGGUGUCAGUCUGCAAGUUGAAAUUAGCCUGACGCGUGAGUCAUGGGAUCGGUGGGCCGCAUUAUUCCGUUCCUUUCGAACCAUCCCUUCCUGGUUGGAUCGAGAGGGUGUCGACCCACAAAUCAUUGAGCGCUUUGUAGACAUCCAGGAUCGUAUCCAGGUGAACCCCUCGCUGGAUGAAGAAAUUCGAAGAGACCUUGAAGACUGGAUAAUCUUCAAUCUCACUGGUUGCACGUGGAGAUGUCCAUUGACAAAGCCUGUUGAUGCCUCAGUGGCGAAAUUGCUUGGUAGUGCAUGGAAUAGCGAGUCUUCCUCAGGUCCUCUUUCAUUAGCUGCCAGACCUACCGGUACUCUAGGCACCAGCAUGGAUAUUCCAUCUGGUUGCUUUCGUACUGUGAAGCACUUGUGUUAUGAUCUAGAAAUCAUGAUGGCGAGAUGUCGAAAGCUGGAACCAGCCGACAAAGAUAUGGAAGUGUCAGGAACUGCGCACACUGUUCGCAAUCUACUGGAAACAACGUUACUGGUAUCCUGCGUACCGCAACCUGCACUUCUCUCUAUACUCCAUACAAUCUCUGACGCGGUGAAGAUGUAUUCCGAAAUCAAUCAAAGGCAGGUUCACAUAUUUGAGAACGAAAUCAAUUCAAGGCGGCUUCACAUAUUUGAGCACGAAAGCAAUCCAAGGCAGCUUCGCAUAAUUGAGGGGUGUCGAAAGAAGCUACUUUCAUGGUGCGAGUCCUUCCCGGAUGGUUAUGCCGAAUGUACAGAUCUCAUCAAAAACCAAAUCUUACCCUUUUGCGAGUUUUACGGUUAGUAGUUUUGUUGUAGUCGGAUUUACUGAACGCAAUUGGCCAAAACUUCAGAAUCUCAAGUUCAGGAAUUCCUCCAGUUGGCCAACUGGUCCAUGAUCCGGAUGGGUAGAUUGAUACUUAGCUAUGCACAUUAAACGACGUACCAUAUAGUACCACUUAACUUACGAAGAAUUCCA